AUGGCCAACACUAGUAACGAUCUAGGCGCCCGUCUAGCCUCGGUUCUCCCUAAAGGCCACAAGUUUACAACCCUUCACAUCUCAACGCCUCCCACCAAAACAGACCCUCUCUACUCGCCGCCUCCAAACGAGCGUCCCGAACGAACAUACUGCGAGAACCAUUUCCUAGCUGUUUCCAUCGACGCCCCCAACGAGCAGGGAAAGCAAGUCCUGGUGCUCGGAAUUGAGGUCUUCAUCUAUACCACAGCUCGAUCGACGACCUUGUUUGUUUCAAAAGCGGACUCGACAGGUUAUCUUGCCCUCCUCAACCUCCCCAAGGGAACGCCCAGUCCUAUUCGCGAAAUAUGCGCUACAUUUGUCGGAUUCCUGGUCGAGAAGCGGAGGAGGAAGGAUAUACAAUUCGUCGUUAACUUAUUCGCCCGCGCGCAAGAUCAAUACUUGUUCCCCGGCAGCGUGGACAACGAGGGCAAGCAUGUUCUCGACGACCGUGGCCUUAUCAAGUGGUGGUGUCGAGUGCUAGAUCCCCUCCUCGGCCCAGCGCCAAAGUCCACAGAUGCACCAUGGAAGAGCGCCAAUGGAUACAUCGUCGUUCCCGGAUUAGAAACACACGAGACCCGAGCCCUCACACCGCGAAAAGCCCAUUCUGCGUGGGAGUUUACGCAUCCGUUAGAACGCAUAUCACACUACUACCGCGAAUUCGACUGGGUGCCGCCGCGAUGUCUGAUCCCCCAUUUCCCCGACGAUCCAAAGUCCAGAUUCCGAGACGAACUAGACGAAGAAGCCGCCAGCUCGCAAGCGAUGAAGAACCAGGGUAGUUGGAAGAGCGUCAAGACACUGGACAUGUUUUGGGAGAUGAUGGCGUAUCGGCAAGAGUGCUCAAGUGGCCGUAUGACGGGCUUCAUCUGGCUUGUCUUUGAUGAUCAAGAACCAGCCUCAAAGCUCGACGACUCCCAGUCGACAGCUCCGCCAGAAACGCCAAAGAAGCAGCGCAUCGUGCAAAUAACACCGACCACAACGCCCCGCAAGCUCUUCCCUUCCAAAGAGAAGAAAGACUCCAGGAUCAAGAAGAAGAAGACCAAAAAGACUCUCAAAGGUCCCAUUAUCGCUCGCGCCCCGCGCAUCAAGCGAGCAAAGCACAAUUAUCUGCUCGAUCGCCCCGCCAACACAGCAUAUUACUCUUGGACGCCCCAGGGUCGCGGUGAAAGGAUCUUCGAUGAAGCAGCGUACAAGCGUAUUGUGGGUUUGCUGCUGCACCUCGAUUUCGCAACUCUCAACAAAGCGGUGGGUAGUACUCGUCGCUGGUUGAGUGAGGGCGGAGGAGGUGGUAAAUGGGGUGUUGUCGUCUUUGGCACGCGCGAGACACCUGUCCCAGCCUCCAGGGACACUAUCGGUGUGAACAACUUGACCAAUCUUGUCAAGAGAAAGCGCACCGAUUCAACAGUUGACGACAACCAGAGCAAGGUUAAUGUCCUUGGUGCUGGUCUCGUCAAGAAGAAGCCAAAGGAGGAGUCCAAAGACGUGAAUGUUCUACCUAUGGGUCUUAUUAGAAAGAAGCCCAAGGAGUAA